AUGGAUCAAGGUUGUGGUAUGGAAGAGACUGUUGAUUUGAGAAAUGGUGUGGAAUUGACAACAUCAGCAUCUGAUAAGCAUCUUGACCUUCUAAGGCCAUAUGCCCGAAAUUAUUCAAAUUUUAGAGGUCAAGCAAUGGAUGCUGGAGACCCUGAGAAGGGCAACUAUACCCUAAUUAAAGGUCCUGAAGACUUCCAAACAGGACUUUAUGACAAGCCCCUUCCAUGUUAUGGUUGUGGAAUUGGAUGGUUCUCAUUUCUUUUGGGAUUUCUAUGUCCACCUCUGUGGUACUAUGCCACACUCCUAUACUUUGGAAAUUAUUAUAAAAAGGAUCCUAGGGAAAGGGCAGGGUUAGGAGCCUCUGCAAUUGCUGCUUUAAUAUGCACAGUAGCAGUGCUGAUCAUAGGAGCUAUUCUUCAUUUACGCUCCCCCUGA